UCUUGACAUUCAAAGCGAUUCGCUAUCCUACGUUGCACGAAUUUUCGAAAAUAUGGCGGCGUCCGUGUUGAAGGUUGCACGUCUCUCAAAGUGUGUUCUUCACACUUAUUCUACAACCCUGAGGACACUUUCAAUCUCAACACAACUCUGCCAAGGUAUUCCAGGAUCUGUCUGGAAACUGGGAAGGCUAAAUCACAUCGCUAUUGCUGUACCAGACAUGGAGAAAGCCACUGCUCUUUACAGAGAUGUGCUGGGGGCUCAGGUCAGCGAUAAAGUUCCCCUUCCUGAACAUGGAGUCUACACUGUCUUUGUGGAGCUGGGUAACACCAAGCUGGAACUGCUGCACCCACUCGGGGAGAAGAGCCCCAUCGCAGGCUUCCUACAGAAGAACAAAUCUGGUGGGAUGCACCAUAUCUGCAUUGAGGUUGAUGAUAUCAGUGCAGCGAUAGUGGAUCUGAAGGCGAGGAACAUUAGAACCCUGUCAGCUGAACCACGGAUAGGCGCUCAUGGGAAACCUGUCAUGUUCCUCCACCCAAAAGACUGUGAUGGAGUACUUGUGGAACUGGAGCAAGCCUGAAUACCCACAGGUCUCAAACUCUGUAGUUCACAAUUAGACGGUUUGAAAAUUGGAUUCAUUAUUGCACUUUUUUCCUCCAGUAAUAAUGAUGGCAAAGGUAGAUUUUUUAAAUAUGUUUAAUACCAGGGUUUUGAUUCAUUAAAAAAAAAAAUCUUUGUCUUCCUUAAAAGUAAGUGUCUAUUUGCCUCUGCUGUGAAUAAAUUCUAUGAUUGACUCUAA